AUGGCCGACCGAUACUCUUUUUCGCUCACCACCUUCUCGCCUAGUGGCAAGCUGGUGCAGAUAGAGUAUGCCUUAAAUGCGGUCAACCAGGGUGUAACUUCUCUUGGAAUCAAGGCUACAAACGGCAUCGUUCUUGCAACCGAGAAGAAGUCGUCCUCGCCGCUCAUCGAUUCAUCGUCGUCAUCGAAAGUCAGCUUGAUAACUCCCAAUAUCGGCAUGGUCUACUCAGGCAUGGGUCCGGAUUAUCGCGUGCUCGUCGACAAGGCGCGCAAAGUCUCACAUACCGGCUACAAGCGCAUCUACAACGAGUACCCACCGACGCGGAUAUUGGUCCAAGACGUGGCGCGUGUCAUGCAGGAGGCGACGCAGUCUGGUGGUGUUAGGCCGUACGGAGUCAGCUUGCUGAUUGCGGGUUGGGACGACGGAAUCGAGCCGGAGAAGGAGGAGAAGCAGACUGAGGAGGAGGCAGACGUCGAGAAGAAGAAGAUCAGCGGCAAGACCGGCGGCAUUCUGAAGGGCGGACCUAGCCUGUAUCAGGUAGACCCCAGCGGCAGCUACUUCCCAUGGAAAGCGACGGCCAUCGGCAAGAGCGCAACAAGCGCGAAGACUUUCCUCGAGAAGAGGUACACCGAAGGCUUGGAGUUGGAGGAUGCUAUCCACAUUGCGCUGCUCACGCUGAAGGAAACCAUAGAAGGCGAGAUGAACGGCGACACUGUCGAGAUCGGUAUUGUUGGCCCGCCAGAGAACCGAUUACUCGGCUUCGAGGGUGUGGAGGGAGCUCAAGGACCCCGCUUCAGGAAGCUGAGUCCGCAAGAGGUUGAGGAUUACCUGACGAACUUGUAG